AGCCGGCGCCGAGGCCCGAGCCGCGGGAGCCGAGCGGAGGCAGCGCCGAGGCCGCCGUGCCCCGGGGGCUUCCCCAGUCGCCGCCAUGGGCAUCAAAUUUUUAGAAGUUAUCAAACCUUUCUGUGCAGUUCUCCCAGAAAUUCAGAAACCUGAAAGGAAAAUCCAGUUUAGAGAGAAGGUACUGUGGACUGCGAUAACGCUCUUCAUUUUCUUAGUAUGUUGUCAGAUUCCACUCUUUGGAAUCAUGUCGUCAGACUCUGCAGAUCCCUUCUACUGGAUGAGAGUCAUUCUUGCAUCCAACAGAGGAACUUUAAUGGAACUGGGUAUUUCCCCAAUUGUAACAUCUGGUUUGAUUAUGCAGUUGUUAGCUGGAGCCAAGAUCAUUGAAGUUGGCGAUACACCCAAAGAUAGAGCUUUAUUCAACGGAGCCCAGAAACUAUUUGGUAUGAUCAUUACCAUUGGGCAAGCCAUUGUGUAUGUCAUGACGGGCAUGUACGGGGACCCCGCGGAAAUGGGUGCCGGGAUCUGUCUCCUUAUCAUUAUUCAGUUGUUUGUUGCUGGUUUGAUUGUGCUGCUGUUAGAUGAGCUGCUACAGAAGGGUUACGGCUUGGGGUCUGGGAUUUCCCUCUUUAUUGCCACCAACAUCUGUGAGACCAUUGUCUGGAAGGCCUUUAGUCCCACUACCAUUAACACGGGCAGAGGUACUGAAUUUGAGGGCGCUGUCAUAGCUCUGUUUCAUUUGUUGGCCACCAGGACAGACAAAGUCCGAGCUUUACGGGAGGCUUUUUAUCGGCAGAACUUACCCAAUCUCAUGAACCUCAUUGCCACAGUUUUUGUGUUUGCUGUGGUUAUAUAUUUUCAGGGGUUCCGUGUGGACCUGCCCAUCAAGUCAGCCCGCUACCGGGGCCAGUAUAGCAGCUACCCCAUCAAGCUCUUCUACACAUCCAACAUCCCCAUCAUCCUGCAGUCGGCCCUGGUCUCCAACCUCUACGUCAUCUCCCAGAUGCUGUCGGUGCGAUUCAGUGGCAACUUCUUGGUCAACCUGCUAGGACAGUGGGCUGAUGUCAGUGGGGGAGGACCCGCCCGCUCCUACCCAGUGGGAGGCCUCUGUUACUACCUUUCUCCUCCGGAGUCCAUGGGCGCCAUAUUUGAGGAUCCCGUCCAUGUUGUGGUGUACAUCAUCUUCAUGUUGGGGUCAUGUGCAUUCUUUUCUAAGACUUGGAUAGAGGUGUCUGGCUCCUCAGCCAAAGAUGUAGCGAAGCAGCUUAAAGAACAGCAGAUGGUAAUGAGGGGCCACAGAGAUACGUCCAUGGUGCACGAGCUGAACAGGUACAUCCCCACGGCGGCCGCGUUCGGCGGCCUGUGCAUCGGCGCCCUGUCGGUGUUGGCCGACUUCCUGGGGGCCAUCGGGUCGGGCACCGGGAUCCUGCUUGCCGUCACCAUCAUCUAUCAGUAUUUCGAGAUCUUCGUGAAGGAGCAGGCCGAGGUGGGCGGGAUGGGUGCUUUGUUUUUCUGAGCGUGCGGCGAUGUGCGCGCGCGCGUGUGUGUGAGAAAGGGAAACAUUGUGGCACGCUGUUUUUGUCAAAUGACGCGGGUGGUCCCCCUCUCCCCCUCGGUUUCCUGUUUCCAAGUGCUGACUGUCCCACUUCGAGAGGGGCCCCGAGCUCCGCCUGUGCAGCAUCAGGACCAGCUGCCUUAAAACUCCAGUUUACAUCCUCCGUCCCCAGCGUCCAUCUAGUGUGGUUGCCUGUGCUGCUGGACGCCGACGUCUCUACUUGCUGUGUUCGGUCCCGACAGGGAGAUGGCGACAUGGACUGGUUUUGCGCACACAUUCACAGCACCCAAUCUCUCUCCCACUUGUUUAAAAAUAAAUGUAGUUCAAACGGC